AUGUACUCCAAGACAAGCAAGAUGUUUGGAGCACUGCUGUUGAGUGGAAUUUGCACGUGUGUAUUAUCCCAAACAAGGUUCGGAAGUCUAGGUCCAGAAUUUACUCUGGACGGCUCACCAGGAGCUACAACAUGGACUAUAGACACGCGACCACAACAGUUCAGUACUGGUGGCUUUUCUUCUGUUUCGGAUAUGCAAUUACGGGGAAUGAGUCCAAACGAAUUUGAUAUGAUUCAGUUUUCAUCUCCUGACCAAUUUCUGCAAGGCUCUCAAAUUUUACAAAAUCCAAACAGGAGACGACAAUUUGGAGGAGGAAUGUCGGAUGUAAUUUGGCAGCAGUCAGCCAUACCAUUUGGUAGCUUGUCUAGAACGCUCAACACGCCUCGGUGGAUACAGGAUAGCGGAACCACCCAGACCUUUGAUUCCUCUCGCUUGGGCAGAAAUUCAGAUUCUUUUGAUUUCGCGAGACUCGGUCAAAUGAGCAUGUUUCCAAGUUCGAGUAUUCGAACCAGUUCCGUUAUUUCUAACAAUUUCGACAAUCUAUUCACCAACGAAUUACCGGGAGUUAGAACUUCUCUUGGUCGUCAACGCACCGGAUUUCAACGCCCUCAAAAUAUGGAGAACAAUUUAAGUAGGUCUACAUCAACUUCAAGGGUCGCGUUUGGAAGUCAAAAUGAUCCAUCUUUGAUGUCCAAUAUUCGUCAACGAAUCGGGUUUAAUCGUCAAGCUAUGAACGAUAACUCUAGAUCUCCUGAUGUACUGCACACUCAAAAUGAGCUGCAUAAUAUUAGAAAUAAUUCUGAUGUCAAUAUCUUGUCGGCCAGUUUUGAUCGUUUCACACAGGCACAAGAUCGCUCCAGAACAUCUAAUAUGCCGUCAAUUGAAAGUAUUCUUAGAAGGAAUCGUCCAAGAAAUCCAAUUGAGAACAACCUUAAUGAGAAUCGUCCAAGAAAUUCCAUUGAAAGCAUUCUUAGAGAGAAUCGCCCAAGAAAUUCCAUUGAAAACAUUAUUAGCGAGAAUCGCCCAAGGAAUUCAGUUGAAAAUAUUCUUAGCGGAAAUCGACCAAGAAAUUCAGUUGAAAAUAUUCUUAGCGGAAAUCGUCCAAGAAAUUCAAUUGAAAAUAUUCUUAGCGGAAAUCGUCCACGAAAUUCAGUUGAAAAUAUUCUUAGCGGAAAUCGACCAAGAAAUUCAGUUGAAAAUCUUCUUAGCGGAAAUCGUCCAAGAAAUUCAGUUGAAAGUAUUCUUAGCGGAAAUCGUCCAAGAAAUUCAGUUGAAAAUAUUCUUAGCGAAACUCGUCCAGGGAAUGCAAUGAUGGAUUCUCUGAUGGAUCCAUCGAUGAAUCCUACACAAAACAUGCGCAAUAUGCCUAGACCGUCCCCUCUAAGGAGGUCAGAUGAUGCUACCUCAAAUCGAUUUUCAGAUAAUCUCUCCCAGACGGACACAUCACAACUUCUAGCACUUUGA